GAGACUGGUUGUUAAAUUUGGCCUUAGAUUUUAGAAAUCGAUGUUGGUGGACAGUUGGAAAGCAAGUUCGCACUGUUAACGUCUUCAAAAAUAUUAAUGUGUUUUCUUUCGGAAUAAGUCAGUUAAAGCCUACACCAAGAUGAACGGCGACGCUAGUAUGGUGAUUGUAAACAGCACCACUGUAGGCCUACUGACUAGGCCUACUAAUUCUACCGUUGUCACCAGAGCAAACCCAUUGUCACUUGAUAUCAGCCAGUAUCCAAGUGAAGUGGAACACGAGAUAGAAGACAUACAUAUUCCACCUAUCGUUUACUAUGUCCUUUUCAUGUUCAACGUUCUCAUGAUCGUCGUUAGCAAUUCAUUAGUAAUCGUAGCAGUUCUGCGGUCAAAAGUUCUACGAAGAUCAGUAACUAAUAUUCUUAUUACGUCUCUCUGUGCUUCUGACAUCCUGGCGGGAAUAUUUUACACGCCUGCAUUGGCCUACAUAUCUAUCUACUCAGAGAUGCCUCUCAACUUGACGGUUUGCCGUGUUUUCGUCGGUUUCUUUCCCAUGGUCGCCUACUCAGCAAGCUGGCUCUCAAUCUUUGCCAUAGCUGUCGAUAGAUUCCGUGCUAUAGUGCAACCGCUUAAGCCUCGCAUUUCACAUAACGUGUGUUACAUAAUGAUAUUUUUCGUCUGGGGUAUUAGUAUUUUUUUCGGUAGCUUUAAGUCAUCCCUCCUGCAUAGUGUCACAUACACAGUCUGGGAAGGAGACCAUCUCAUCACGCGCCAGACUUGUGACAUCACGCUCGAAAAACUUAAAGUGUGGAUCAUUAUAGAUAUAACAUUGUAUUUAUUGCUACUUUUUUCUGUUAGCCUGAUAUACUGCAUAAUCGCACAUGUCCUAUGGUUUGGAGGCCGGUCAAUUCCGACACUACACCAGGCACGCCAGGAAUCGAAAAAGCGCGCAAUAAAAAUGUUCGUUUGCGUUGUGUUCUUGUUUUCUAUUUGUUGGCUUCCUUAUUACGUGUUAAUAUUCUACACGGACUUCAUUAACGGUCCUUUCUAUGGCUGGGGACUAGCAAAUUUUGUCACGUGCCUUAUAACAGUCAGCAACAGUUGGAUGGACCCAUUCAUUUACGGUUAUUACAACGAAAAUUUCAGGAGAGAAAUCAAGAAAAUAUUUAAAUCCUUAUUUUUCGGGAAUAAAGCCGUUGUUCGAGAUCAUACGGUACCAGAUAACCGAGUCCGACCGCUGAAAUUUACAUGUAGCCGACAGGAAAGCAGGUUAGCUACCCAUGCCUGUGACAAUCCUGUAAUCGAUAAUGACUAACUUAAUUAGAGACUGUUAAUUGGUCACUAAUUAAUCGAUUACUAUCUGAUCCCGAUAUAGACCACUUAUACACUUAAUCAAUUCAAAAAAGUUUGAGACGCAUAAUUGAAUAUUUAAUCGAUCGCUAUAUUAUAAAGACAUUUUAAAUACCGAUGCUAAAUCAUAAAGAAUGAUGGCUUUGUUAGCUAGAUAUUAAAACAUGAUGCUAUACAAAGAAAAUAUAGGUAUUAAUUUAUUUUUUUCCUCUUUGCAGAAUACCAGAUUCUAAUUCAAUAAGUAAAUGUUUAUUUUUUAUUUGUCUAAUUUAAUGUUAAGGCCUGUUUUCUAACCGCUUCCUAAUUAAAAGCAUA